UGUUGUUUUGUUCUAGGAUAAUGACCAUAAAACGUGUCUCGUCGAUUCGUAAGUGAACUACCAGCAAAUAUUUUAUACAUGAAUAUGACUGUUUUUCGGUUUUUCAAAAGGCCAGCUACUCAUGCUGCUGCCAGAGUUAAGGCUACUGCACCAUCUGAGUCCAGCCCUCUCCUCGCUACCACCAGAAAAAGGAGUCGUUGGCAGCUCUUCCUGCAGUUACCUGGACUAGGGAUACUUUGUGGUUUAAGCUCUGGAAUAUUUUUUGCCACUGGUUCCUUGGUAGUUGCACUUUUACCAGGAAUGAACUCCAUGGAACUUCUCGUUUUCCGGUCAUUAUUACAAAUGGCAGUCUACAGCUGUGUCAUUAUUUAUGCUCGUCAGAGUUUACUUGGAGUCCCCGGGGAACGGCGGUUUCUCUUAUUUCGAGCGAUUACCGGCGUGAUUUCUGUUAAUUUAAUAUACUAUUCCUUUCGACUUAUUCCUUUAGCUGAUGCUUCUACAAUUUCUUUCAGUGCACCAGUGUUCGUGAGUAUAUUUGCGUGUGUACUUCUAAAAGAGCCAUGUGGUGUAUUUGACCUGGGAACAGUUAUCACUACUAUGGCUGGCGUGGUGUUGAUUGCCAAACCAUCUUUUCUGUUUGGAGGUGACACUGGAGACUUUUCCUCGAAAGACCAAAUCAUGGGAUCCAUUAUGGCAUUCUGUGGUUGUCUCUCAGUUUCUCUGUCCUACAUUUCAAUGCGAAAACUUCAGAAGACUCACUAUUCUGUGAUAAUAAUGAGUUUUUCAUUAUUGGCUAUCUUUGUCAACUCGAUUAUCCUGACAAUCGUGAACGGUUGGUCAUUCCCAGCAUGCGGAAGAGAUGGCUGGCUUCUUUUAUUGUUGGGAUUUACAGGGAUAAUUGGUCAAUUUUUUGUUACUGCUUCUUUAAAACUGGAGGACGCGGGGCCAGCUUCCAUCGCUCGCGCCAUUGAUGUGGUAAUGGCUUUUAUUUAUCAGGUGGCGUUUCUUGAAGAAAGUAUCGAAUGGACCAGUAUUUUAGGAGCCGUACUAGUAUGUUCAUGUGUGGUGUUGACCGGUUGGAGAAAGUGGAAGAGACGCUGAAUUUCACGUUAUUACUAAAAACCGUUUAUUUUUAUUAUAAUUAUUUAGAAGAUUAAAAAUGGCUCACAUGUGAGUUCAGUAAAAAUAAACAAUGUAUUUUAUCACAUGUAAGAGAAAAAUGUUUCAGAUGUGAGAUCUUUGACGUUUUAAUGUAAUUGUCAUUAAAAUCUUGAAGUAGAGGGA